CGCUCACCAUCAUCAUCGUCGUCUCAACUGCUCUCCUCGCUGUCCUCGACAUCGACCUCGUACUCUCACUCUCUCUCACUUCUCAACAUUUACUCGUCCUUCCACCCCCCUCCUCCAUCGCCAUCACCACUCGUUCCUUUGUCCUCAUUCUACGACUUGGGCCCAUUACCUACAUCUCACUACCACUACGCUCUCCGCAGCCCUUCUUAGAACACCCCACACCAUCAUCUGCCGCCCAUGACAUUUUGAUCACGCCAGCACCCUCUCGCACCUCGCACUCCCCUCCAUCCUCCCCAUCUUCCCACCACCUCUACUUCUCUUCGCCUCGUCACGUCGCUCCCUCUUCGCCCCGUUCUCAUCUCGCUCAGCAUCACUUUCUUCUAGUUCUUGCGGAGCAUCACCAUCUUCACAUUCACCACCACCACCACCACCACCACCCCCCUGUGCGCCUCCUCCUCCUCCCCCGGCGAAAUGUCUGAAUCACCAACAAGAUAUCAGCCAACUCCCACACCUUCAGCAGAGAUCCGUUCCCUGGCCAUCGCAAAGCUCAAGCGCGCAGCCUCCCUUCCCCGUACUCCAGAUGGCCGCCGCCAACCGCAUUCAAGAGCCGCAGCAGGCCCGAGCGGGGCGGCGUCCGAGGACAGCCAUGGCGCACCUUCGUCGCUCGAGUCUGGCAUGACACCCUCGCCGACAAAGGGUGCAGGGCAUUACGGGGGCGACGAAGAGCUCCUGGCUGCAUCACCAUCCGCGAACGCCAUUAGAAGCGGCGGUGGGUCGUCGAUGCAGCGCUCGAACUCGGACUCGUCGUCGUUUCACAUGCCUACCCCUUAUGGCUCUGCCAACGCUUCGCCCUUCUUUACUGCCCAAGCAUCGCCAGCGAGCAACCCGGGGACAGACUGGGCCGCGUACCAGCUCGCUCAGUCAUACCUCCCCUCCAUAAGCCCUGUCCCGCCAACCAACGCAACGGCACCGCCAAGCUCCUUCCCUACAAACCUAACUCCAGGUGGCGGCGGCGGCGCAGGUCGCAACACACCCUCCCCGCUCCCCUCGCUGGGGGAACUACGCAACCUCUCUCGGUCAAACUCCGCAGCAGCUCGUCAGAAUGCCAUGAACAAGCUCAUCGGAGGCGCCGCCACGCCAACCAAGACCAGAAAUCCAGGCGGCAUGCUCUCCUCAUCAGAAGAAGAUGUGACAUUGUCGCUGCCUGGGUCGGCGCGUGCAUUGCAUCGCUCGGGCACCAUUGGUGUCCCGCGCAUGUUCGGCAUGCCCGCAGAGACCGUCGUGGACGACUCGACCAUCACCCCCAUCCCGGAUACGGCUUAUGAUGUCCCUCGCCCUCGACUUCAGCGAAGCUUCACCGUGUCCUCAUCCAACAUGGGUGAAGAGCGCCGCAGCGCAGUGGGACGUCGCAUGGUCGAACGCCUGGGGGCGCGCAGAGCGGCACGCCAGCAAGAGGAGCAAGAGGUCCGACAGCUUUGGGAGGAGCGUCGACGCACCAGGGGAAGUCAAAAGGGCAUAGAUAUAUCAACACCAGACGGAACGCCUCCCCGGCCAGCUGUUGCCCCUUCCGUCGCCCCAGUUAAGCCGCCACCAACUGCCUUUGCAGCCGCAGUCGGAGGAGGGGGUCUAGCGGCGCUUUUAGCUAGUGCAGGCUCGGACCGCACGCCUUCACGAAGUACUCAACAUUCGGACAAUGUGUUCGAGUACGAGGCCCACCUCAAGCGCUCCAUGUCUACGCGUACAGCGCGCACCGAGGCGAUGGAGGAGAGCCCAGCCUUCGAGUCGCGACCGGCAUUCGACGACAUGGGUGAAAUAGGCGGGGAUCACGGUAUCGAUGAUCCUACACCUUUGCCCAUACCCGAGUUGCCUUUCGCGACGCCUAAAAAGCAUACGGCACACGAGUCCAUCUCAUCGUCAGCGACCACUGUCAUGGGCAAGGCAGUCUCACCAGCGACUACGAGCCUGGAACGCGUUCCCUCGGCCCCAUCAAUGGACCCCUUCAACUCAUAUCACUCCAGCCAACAGAGCGGAUCAAUGUACGACGACGAGCGGGAGGAACGGUUGGACGGCGAUGACUGGGAUGCUCAUACCCAUGAUUUCACGCGGCAAACCUCACGCCCCGAUACUCACUCGAUCGUGGACACCAACACGGGACAUCACGGCCACGGGGACACCGACUCGGCGUACUACAGUGACGGCGUCCGUCCGAUGAGCAAGGUGUCAGAGCCCGGGUCGAGUAACAGCGGCCACCUUGACCCUCCUGAACGUCGCCCGCACAAGAAAUCGAGCAGCAUCUCGAAACUAAUGGGCCGCGCAAUGCUCAACGCCGUCAAGCCCCGCAUCUCUGUCGCGAGUAACGAAACGCCUCCUCUUAGCCCACGCGAGGGCGCCUCCGGCAGCCGGCGGCAGUCGGACGCAUCCAACUCGCAGAGCCACCACAGCGUACACAGCCAGUACUCUCAUCGCGGCGUAUCGCCCACUCCUGAUCCCAAGUACAACAAACUUGUCUCACCUCAUUCAUUGGGCCCCAAGUCGCCGAUGUACAAGAAGGACGAGGCUCCAGAUCAUGCGAACAAUCUUCUCAUCCAGCACCAACUCACGUCUGGCGCCCCUUCACCCGUCAGCUUCUUGCCCAGGGCCACACCUAAUGAUCCUCGCAUUCACAACUCGAAAUUAUCGCCAUUCCCCGGCAUUGUGGCCUUGGAGAGUCGCAGCCGUCGGCCCUCAGAGGACCAGCCCCGUCUAAUUCAGCAGACGUCUGACCCAACCUUGCCCACGGUCAGAGGCAUGUCGCCGCACGCAGAGGUCGGGCGGGGCUCCACGGAGAGCGGGGGAAAGCACAAGGGAGUGGACGCUUCCAAUGCGGCUUCGAUUUCCUCGCAAGGCGGAGGAUCAGGUUUUGGCACUCACUCAUCUCAGAGUCACAGCAAUGGCCAUGGCUACGGCAGCCAUAGUCGGGGUCUCAGCCACAGCCAGAGCGACGACCAUCGUCACGGUCACCACGAGCUUGUCAGCAACACCAAUGGGCAAGCACGCAACAGCCCCGUGGUGCAGCAGGACAUCCUUCGACCCGGAGCCAAACAGCGUCCCGAGAUUCCCUCCUUCAUGAUGAACCGCCGCCGCGCUCCUCCCCCGCCCAUAGAGCUCGCUGACUCGAACGUCGUGUCUAUCAACGACGAUCCGGUCACCCCUCCAUCCUCAAAAUUGAACAAUCUACCCCCGCGGUCUCGUGAGGUGUUGCGUCGCAUGGACGGGGUCCUGUCAUUGCCUGCCAAUGACCCUUCACGACCAGACUUCUUGGAUGACCCCCCUCGCAAGUUGCUUCUUUCCCAGCAAGUGCUCCAGGUGGUUAACGUGAACACCGUCAAGGACCGAUACCUGUUCUUGUUCAAUGAUCUCCUCGUCAUUGCGAAGCCCGUGAUGGGAUCGGGCGCAACCCUGGCCAACCUCGACAUGAAGUUUGUUGUCAAGUCGAUCGUGGGCCUCGACAAAGUUACCGUCACUGGUUUGAGCGACGAGCCGUCGACCCAGCCGAGCCAGCAUCCGACCGUUCAGCAGUUCAUCCGCGACUUUGCGGCAGACGCCAAAUCCGCCGUGCGUGAUCUGGUCCAGCGUAGCAAUCCCAGCCUCGACGCGGCGACAUUGGCGAGUUUACUCUUCAAGACAGACAACUUGGACAAGACGCAGCUCGGCCUGUUACUUGCUUCAGACCCUGACCUUUUGAUCGCGUACAUUGGCAUGUUCGACUUCAACCUCGUGCGCAUCGAUGAGGCUCUACGACUGUUCCUCCUCGACGUUCGCCUGCCGACUGACAUACACGCCGCCGAAGCUAUCCUGCGCGGCUUCGCAGAUGGCUACAUCGCCGCUAAUGAGAAUAGCGUGACGUUUGAUGCGGCACUGGCAGAGGAUCUCGUGCUUGCCACACUCGAGUUGAACGAUAUGCUGUAUUCGACCUUCGGCUUUGCAUUCCCCAACCAUGCCGUCUCGCGGGACACAUUUGUCCAUGCCUUCGAGAGCAAGGACCCGCACGGCCUCGUGCCCGCGGAGUUACUGGCGGACAUCUACGAUUCCAUCCGCGGCGGCAAGCUCGUCCAGGCCUUGUCAUCUCACGAGGGACAUCUUGUGCGCGAGCUGGUCCAGACGCCUGCCCGACUUCCGAGCAAACUCACCUGCAGGGAAUGGUCCCAAAGCUUCCAAAUUUCCAUUCCGAAGCCCGAUCCUCAUUUCCAAGUGAAGCUGGUCGGCACUGGUUUGGAGCUGGACCCUCCCGUGCUGGACUUCUCGCGGUCCAAGGACGCCUCGUUUAAGGUUCGCGGCACUCGUUUGGGUCCACAGACGCUGCUCCUCGAGCGACUUGGAGCUAGCGCCGCGCUCUACCCCACUCUUGGCAAAUCGUGGACGUUCAACAUUGAGCGAGCGUUCAUGCGCAACACGUUCCACGUUGCGUUCCCUUCCCACCUCGGCGGCAAGCGCAAAUACUGCUUCUCUGUCCCAGAUGCGACCCUGCGCGCCAAGUGGGGAACGACGCUCAACAGACAGAUAUGGCUCGCAUGCACCAAGAAGCAACAGCAGACCUCGGGGGCCGCUGCGAAGGUUACCGAGGGGCGUGCGCACCGCGCCGCUGAAGCUGUUGCGCUCCAGGUCCUCCGGGACGCGCUUAUGCCUCACGAAAACUGCGGCGAGGACGCCGACGCCAGCCCACAUUCGAACACGCCGUCCUCAAUACCUGCCCGUGUCCUCCGGCAAGGCUCGAUAUCUGCUGCGUAUUCUAAGCUGGCGCCAGACGAGGCCGACCUACCGCUCCAGCCGACGCGAGGCCAUCACGCCGGCUUGUCAGGUCUCGGCGACCUGCAGACGGGCAAGGAGAUCGUGCUUCUGUGCAGACAGAAUUCGCUCCUGCCCUCUGUCCUCGAGCUCCUCCAAAAGGGCACUGGUACAGCAAACGGCAAGGCUAAGGCGAAGGCUGAGGCGCACGCCAACGCCCAGCCGCAGCCUCAACCCCAUCCUCAGCCCCAGGCCCACCACGCCAAGGCUGCCGAUCAAAAAACCCCUCUCAUCCAGAACCCACCACGCGCCCCCCACCUCCAGGCGGCGGUGCAACCGAAGCGGUCUGCCGGUCUGCGCGCCCUCAUGCACGACCGGCGGCUGUAGGCCAUUCAUCAUUUGUUGUCAUUAGCAUUGUGUAGAGGGAGCAUAUGCAUACACCCCGGGCACG